AAGGUGCAGUCAAAACUCAAAAACUUCUCUUAGCAACCCAACUCUCAGCCCAGCUCCUGACACCAUGGCCUGUUGCUCCACUAGCUUCUGUGGAUUUCCCACCUGCUCCACCAGCGGGAACUGUGGCUCCAGCUGCUGCCGGCCCAACUGCUGCCAGCCCAGCUGCUGCCAGCCCAGCUGCUGCCAGACCAGCUGCUGCCAGACCAGCUGCUGCCAGAACAGCUGCUGCGGGACCGGCUGUGGCACUGGUGGCGGCCAGGAGGGUGGCUGCGGAGCCGUGAGCUGCCGCGUCAGGUGGUGCCGCCCUGACUGCCGCGUGGAGGACACCUGCCUGCCCCCCUGCUGUGUGGUGAGCUGCAUACCCCCCACCUGCUGCCAGCUGCACCACGCCCAGGCCUCCUGCUGCCGCCCGUCCUACUGUGGACAGUCCUGCUGCCGCCCUGCCUGCUGCUGCUACUGCUGCCAGCCCAGCUGCUGCCAGCCCACCUGCUGUGAGCCCACCUCCUGCCAGUCCACCUGUUAAAAGCAGGGUUGCUGAUUAAGAAUGAAAGGGGAAACUAAGCAAACCGCUCUGAUCUCAGAAGAAGUGUUCAAUUUUACUCCCAUGCUAAGUACCAUGAUGUUUCCAAGCCGCUCAGAAAUGAGUUUAGUCAGGCCCUCUUGGAUGUGCUGAAUUAGCACACUGAAAACAUGUAUCAAUCAGAGUAUCUAGAUAUCCUGCCUUGCUUGAGAAGGCUCCAGGGUCACUUCAUUUCAGUGACAUCUCUGGUCUCCUCCCUAUCUCUUGAUCCCCACGUUUUAGACCGGCUUUCUCCUCGAAUAUCCCCUGUUAAUUUCAAAUAAAAUGUUUAAAUGUGUAAAGCAAA